AUGGUCGCUGCCGUCAAGAACUGGGGCCGCUUUUUCGAACAAGCAUAUGCCAACAUCAAGCCUGGAGGUUAUCUCGAAUGUCAAGAAAUCGUGUUUCCGAUUCGAUGCAUGGAUGCCAAUGUCACAGCGCAGAACUCGCCGCUCAUGCGCUGGUCAGAACUCUUCCUUGAAGCUGCUACCAAGAUCGGACUUGAUGGAACUGGACCACGACACUUCACACCUAAGCUGCGCGACUCUGGAUUUGUCGACAUCAACCUGAAGAAGUUUAAGUGGCCGAUUGGCAAGUGGGCUAAGGGCGCUAAGUUCAAGCUUCUCGGCCGCUUUGUAUUCGAAGACCUCAUGGACUGGCUGCCGAGUAGCUCUCUUGGACUCUUUACCAGAGUAUUGGGGUGGUCGAGAGAAGAAGUGGAAGUGUUCUUGUCUGAGUGCAGGGCUGAAGCGAAGAGGAAAGAUCGUCAUUACUAUGGCGAAGUAUACGUUUGGUGGGCGCGAAAAGCCGAAGACGGUAGUAACUCAAGUUACUCGCACGAACCAGUGCUUGACGACGAGAUCCUGGAAAGCGAUGAAGAUGACGCCUCUCACCAUGCCACCGAAGGUGGAGGUGUAACAAAUGUACCUCUUCCCACCGCCACGGAUGUUACCCAAGCUUCAGUCGACCAGCUGUCUGCUCUCGCCGUCAGUUCAAAGGACGACGAGGUGUCGGAGAGCAAGAAGUCCGCACCGGAGACGAAACCCGAAGAGCCAGCAUCAAUUGCAAGCAAAGAUGCGUCUGCUACUCCAACACCUCAGAGUUAG